AUGGAUCUCGAACACCGCAUUAAAGCGUACCGUAUUGUUUCGUAUGCGGCAGUUACAUUCUCUAUCGUUGCUGUACUAUCUGUAUGCUUUACUCUGCCAAUGGUUUACAAUUACGUGAGCUAUGUGAAGCGACAAAUCAACUCUGAUAUUACUUUUUGUCGCGGUUCAGCCAGGAAUAUUUGGUCCGAGGUGAAUGACAUGGCUAAACUGCCGAGCAACAGGACCUCUCGUGCUGCCGGGUAUGAUGCUGGAGCUGGAGGCGGAAGCGGCGGCAGUAAUGGUGGAGGUAGCGGAGGCAGUGGAGGUGGAUGUAGCGGAUGCUGCCUGCCCGGACCUCCUGGAGGACCCGGAACUCCUGGAAAACCUGGUCGCCCCGGAAAACCCGGCGUGCCCGGCCUGCCUGGAAAUCCAGGCCGUCCACCACAGAAGCCAUGUGAGCCAAUCACUCCACCACCUUGCAAGCCUUGCCCAGCUGGACCUCCUGGACCACCAGGACCCCCAGGGCCACCUGGAGAUGCGGGACCAGACGGACAGCCCGGUGCACCCGGCGCUGAUUCAGCACCCGGCCAGCCGGGACCCAAGGGACCACCUGGACCACCUGGAAACCCUGGAGCUCCUGGUCAGCCUGGCGAACCUGGCGAGGACGCAUAUGUCGAGGGAGCAGGAGUCACCCCCGGAGAGCCUGGACCACCCGGACCACCUGGUCCAAUUGGACCCCCAGGAACUCCUGGACAACCCGGAGCCGACGGACAGCCUGGACAACCCGGACCCAAAGGAGCUCCAGGACCAGAUGGCCCACCCGGACACGACGGUAAUCCUGGAACUCCUGGACAUGCUGGCCCACCCGGACAUGGUGGCGAGAAGGGAAUUUGUCCCAAAUACUGCGCCAUUGAUGGUGGAGUCUUCUUUGAGGAUGGAACACGCCGAUAAGUCCAUCGUUGAUUGCUCAAUUGUCCUGUACACACUAGUGCACUCC